UUCGCCGCCGACAAAAACAGAAUAAAGUGAUGCCGCAACGCCUUUGUGAAAAAUACAUACGGCUUUGUAUUAUAUUUGUGUUUUUGCAGACAAGGGGUUACAUUUUUCGUCGUUGAUUUAUUGUUAUUUAUAUGUAGAAAUGGCUUCGCAGCCUGUAGAGACCCAAGGGCUGCAGCAAAAGUCCAAACGACCUUCAGAUUCUGCCUUUAAACAGCAACGUUUACCAGCAUGGCAACCUGUUCUGACCGCUGGCACAGUUCUACCAACGUUUUUCAUCAUCGGUAUACUCUUCAUACCAGUCGGUGUAGCUCUAUUGUACUUUUCCGAUGAAGUUAGCGAACAUGUUAUAGACUAUACAGAUUGCCUUAAAGUUGGCCAAAAUAAUGUUACAUGUUCGUAUUACAUUGAACAGAAUCCAAGUUCAACAUGCCAGUGUGAAAUUACUUUUACCCUAGAUAAAGAUUUUGUGGGAAAUGUUUAUAUGUAUUAUGGCCUUAGCAAUUACUACCAAAACCACAGACGAUAUGUAAAAUCUCGCGAUGAUGAUCAACUGCUUGGACGUUUGUCACAGACACCAUCCACAGAUUGUGUACCAUUUGCCUAUGAAGAUGAUCCGAUAACUGGUGUCCAAAUGCCAAUUGCUCCAUGUGGUGCUAUUGCAAAUUCACUUUUUAAUGAUACCUUGUCAUUAGAGUAUAACAACAAAUCUGUUCAAUUGCUAAAUACUGGCAUUGCAUGGCCCUCGGAUAAACAAGUGAAAUUCCGUAAUCCUCAAGGUAGUCUAGAAGCAGCUUUAGAGAAAUUUGCCAAACCUAAAUUUUGGAGCAAGCCAUUAUGGAAAUUGGAUCCUGAAAAUCCCGAUAACAAUGGUUUUCAGAAUGAAGAUCUAAUUGUUUGGAUGCGUACCGCUGCCCUGCCCAGUUUCCGUAAAUUAUAUCGACGCAUUGAUCAUAGUAAGCCCAAUUUUGAAAAUGGCUUAAAAAGUGGACCUUACAAAUUAAUCAUAGAUUAUCGAUAUCCCGUUUCGGCCUUUGAUGGAUCCAAGAAAAUGAUUUUAUCCACAACAUCAUUGCUGGGCGGAAAGAAUCCAUUUUUGGGCAUUGCAUAUAUUGUUGUUGGCUGUAUCUGUCUUAUACUUGGCAUUGCAUUGUUGAUCAUACAUAUCAAGUGUAGUAAAAGCAAUUCGGAAAUGAUCAAUGUUAAUCCUCGUACACCAUAUUCAUAAAUGAUCACAAAAAAUCCAAAGAAAAAUCCUGCAUAUGUGUAUGUCUGUAGUAUGUGAACAUGCUAAAACUAUUGCCGUAUUUCUAAGCAGUCCGGUCCUUCAUUGCAUUGUGUUAGUUUAUAAAAGACGUAUAUACUACGAUAUAACGAAACAAAUAAAUAUUAUUAGAUGUUUUAAUAUGAUUCUACUGAGAAACUGUCUAGUGUCUUACUAUAAUAGUAUUGUUUAUAUUUGAUAAGCAUUUGUUUUUUAUUUGAAUUUCUUUUCAAUUUACUUUAAUCUUACACCUAAUUAUUUUUUUAAAUAAGAUUGUCGUUUUGUAAAAUCUAAAUGGUAUUUAAAUUCUGCUUACCUCUUUUCUUAAAUGGGGAAAAAAUGUCUAUGUGUAGUUUUUUUUGCGAUGACAUUUCAUUGUUAUAAUUGUUGUUUUUUAUUAUCAUAUAAGCACAUAAUUUAUAAAUCACUUGUGAUCUUUUUAAUAAACAUUAUACAAACCAAUUAAA